ACCUGUUGGAUUCUUCUCGUCCUUGCCGCUCUACCUUUGCUUGGCUGUGAAGCUUCCUGUCCAAGCAGCUGCCUGUGCAGUCCACAAGGAGUCACCAAAUGCGUCGGGCAAGCCUUCUCAGACAUUCCACGCCAUCUGCCGCUGCACACCUACACCUUGCUCCUGAAUGACACGAAUAUGACCGUCAUAAAUGAGCGGAGUCUGGCCGACCAGCAGCUGCUGCUGCGCUUCAGCCUGACCCACAGCCAUCUACGCACCAUCCAUCCUCGGGCCUUCCACGCAGCCCCCCAGCUCAAGUCGGUCAAGCUCUCAGCGAACGAUCUUUCCACCCUUCCUGCUCAGGUGUUCAGCCCACUGAGCCACCUCGAGGAGAUUUAUUUAGACGGGAACCAGCUGGAGAGACUUUCCCCCGACAUGUUUGAGGGGCUUGUUGGGUUGCUGGUUCUGGACCUGACCGACAACAAGCUCUCUUACCCUGCCUCGGACAUUUUUGAUGGACUGACCAACCUCACCUUCCUGAACCUCGGCAGGAACUCCAUUAAGAGGCUUCCACCCACGAUCUUUCAUUCCCUGAAGAAACUUCGCUUUCUCAGGAUCUUUAACAAUGAGUUAGAGGCCCUGGAAGCUGGAAUCUUUGAUAACCUCGUAAGCCUUGAAGAGCUAAAUCUCCAUCAAAACCAGAUAAAGAGCAUUCCUCCUGAAGUUUUUUGGUCUCUGGGGAACCUGAAAACCCUGACCCUGUCCUCAAACCAACUGCAGGCUGUUCCACAAAGGAGCUUCUACAACAUGCCAAAGCUGAGAAAACUAACCAUUUACAAAAAUCCUUUAUUAUCUCUCCCAGAUGAGCUGAUGGGUCACAUGCCCGACAUGACAGAGUUCUAUCUGUUUAGCACUAACCUCGUCACUGUUCCUGGAAAUUUGUUUGCAAACAUGUCAGGGCUGCUACAGCUGAACUUUCACUUAAACGACGACCUGACGGAGCUGCCGUUUGACCUUUUCCACAAUCUCACAAACCUCAAGAAGCUCUCGCUACGAUACAACCAUCUCAGUCAUCUCCAUCCUCAGCUGUUCUCCACCCUAACCAGCCUGGGAAUCCUUCUUCUCAAUCACAAUAAAGUGAGGAGCCUUCCUGCAAACAUCUUUCACAACCUCACAAGGCUGGAAACCAUUGCUUUGGAGGGAAACCUCCUCAGUACUCUUUCGGGAAACAUCUUCCUCUCAAAUUCAAAUUUGAAGGCUCUUACUCUUAACGGGAACCCCUGGGAUUGUACCUGUGCUAUCAGAGACCUUGCAAAUUGGAUAACACAUAAUGAGCAUGUUGUUGUUGACAGAGAUGACGUGAUAUGCCACACACCGGUCUACCAGAUGCUCCGCACCGUUGGAUCUCUGAGCCCCGAGCAGUUCGAAUACUGCGACUUGACAACCUCGAAAAGUUAUUCUCCAACUGAGCUCUCCACGUACAAGCCGACAGAGCCAGCGCACACCGUCUCAGCCACUCCACCAGCAAAAGCAACCACUCCACCAGCAAAAGCAAGCACUCCACCAACAGAAUCAACCACUCAACCAGCAAAAGCAACCACUCCACCAGCAAAAGCAACCACUCAACCAGCAAAAUCAACUAUUCUACCAGCAGAAUCCACCACUUCAGCUCCCCAGACCCUGUCAACGUCUCUCCAGACUGAGGCCACUGCCCCCCCUGACCCAUCUCAGCCUGUGCCUCUUUCUCACGAUAUACUGGUGGUCGAACAUGGCCCCGAGUACGUUCACCACAACCACCACAAAGGCUGGGUGUACGUCUGGUUUCUGCCCUCCGACACAAAGUUGUUGGGGUUCCUCAUGUUUUGUUACAUCCUUCUCUUGGCGAUGGGCCUCUCGCUUAUUCUUGCAGCCAUAUAUGGCAUGCAUCGUCUCAGCGACAGCAUAGGGCAGCUGACGGGACGGGCGGGCGUUCGGCUGGCCCCACAGGUGUGUACCCCAGAUCUAGUACACCACAGGGGGUACACCCUGGACUGCCCAUCCAAUGAGACGAUAAUGGACCUGCUGACUUUCCAUCUGCUCCUACUACUCUGCUCCUUACACGAUGCUGUGUGGGCGUGUCCACAAGGAUGCCAAUGUGUUCAAAACAAAAUUGCCUGCAAAGGCCUCACUGAGUUCCCCACAGGUCUGCCCUCUUUGACCACUGAUCUCUGGUUGUCAGAUUGCAGUUUAUUCUCUCUUAAACCAGAGGACCUUACUCAAUUCUCGGGAUCUCUAACCACAUUCGCUAUCAGAAAUGCUGCUAUGGGGGAAGUGCACCCUGGCUCAUUUGAUUCCUCGAUAAACAUGACUGCCUUAAUGAUUGCUCACAAUGAAUUACAAGAUCUUCCCGCGGCCUUGUUCCAAAAUCUUGGGAAACUUCAAUCUCUUAUUCUGAAUUCAAACAAGCUCUCAGUAGUGCGACCUGAAUGGUUCUCCACGUUGACAGACCUGAUUAAGCUGGAUCUCAGCAGGAACCGUUUCACGUCUUUACCAGUGGAAACCUUUCGCCCUCUAACAAAGCUGCAGUCCCUCUCAAUUUCUGGAAACAACCUCAGUCACAUAAAUAGAGAGACAUUCAAGGAUCUUUCUCAGUUGCAAGUCUUACGCCUCAACAAAAACAUGCUACAGGAACUCCCUGAUGGUACCUUGAAUGAUCUUUUGAACCUGGAAGAACUGUCUCUACAAGAUAAUCAAAUCACACACCUCAACCAGGACAUGUUCUCCAACAACUUGAAACUCCAGAAGUUGUUUCUGUCCAACAACAGGUUGACCUCUCUUCCACAAGGGAUUUUUUUAAACCUACCCCGACUUUCACUUAUGUCCCUGUAUGAAAACCAGUUGGCAAGUCUGAGUCCGGGGGUGUUUGGACCUAUGCCCCUUGAGGAUUUGUGGUUGUAUGACAACAAGCUGAGCCGUGUGGAUGACGACACAUUCAGGAACCUGACGGAGUUACGGCUCCUAGUACUCAGCCGCAACCAGAUCAACUAUGUAUCCGCUGGUGCGUUCAGAGGCUUGGAGAAGCUGGGAGAAGUAUCGCUGCACACCAAUCAACUCACAUCUCUGCAGACGGGUACUUUCCAAGAGCUUCCCAAUGUGGUCAACAUCUCUUUAGAGAACAACUUUAUCAAGUCCCUGCCUCUGGGUUUCCUCCAGGGUCUGAGCCACUUGGGGGAGAUUGAUCUGCAUAACAAUUCCUUGCCUAACCUGCAAAAGCAGAGUCUAGACUCCCUCACUGCUGCAAAGGUUGUCCUUUUGCGCAAGAACCCUUGGAGGUGUGACAAGGAUAUUCUGCCCCUUAGGGAUUGGCUGAGACAGCACCCCACCAAGGUCAACCAGACCCUCGUGGUGUGCGAUACUCCUGUCAGUCUCUCGGGUGAGGUGAUUGCAUUGCUGGCGGAUGAAACCCUGGUUCCUCGCAGCUCUACUGAAGAGCCUGUGUUCACCUCAACGGAGAAGAGAAGGAGGCCCCAUACAUCUCCACCCAAACGGAGCACCCCCGCACCUGCUAUCAAGACGACAACCCCCUCAAAGAACGAAGAGGUGACCAGCAGUGGACAAGAGAAUGGUGGGCCGGUUUCUCACGACACUAAUAUAAUUUUAAUCGCCAUUGCUGUAGUAUGCACUGUCAUCAUCGCCACUGUCAUCACCUGCUGUGUGUGCUGGAAAAAGAACAAGAGAGGCAAAGGGAACAUAGGCCGCGGGAAUAAGAACUCUGUGCUG